AACAUAAAAAUAUGUUUUCUAUUAAAAAGGCGUUAAGACAGCAGCUAAAACAACAACAAAUUCAAUACAAAAUAUAGAGACAAGCAGAAACAACAACACCAACAAACCAAAACAACGAUAAUUACUGUUGUACUUUGUAUAAUAACAGCAAGAACAACAACAACACAACAGUGAUCAACAGAUUGGACAGGAAAUCAAAUGAUUACCAUAUUUUGAACAUACUGAUAAAGAUUCUAGAUAAAAAAACAACAAAAGAAGCAGACAACCAACAAUAAAAACUAUUUUAAAUAGAAAGUAUUAAUUCUUUAUUGUCCUAAUUUGGAGAGAAUUCGCACAAAAUGAUGAACUGUUUUAGUUCCUUAAGUGUGCCCACUUUGGGUGAAAUGGAACAAAUUAUUUGCAUGCUGGAAAGAGGUACCAUUGUUACGAAACUGUAUAGUAAACAAAGGCGGCCGGAGCAGAGACGUCUAAUAUUGGUAAGAGAAACUCGUCAGUUGCUGUGGUCCCCCGUUACAGCUAACACCCGCAUAGAACAUGAAGGUUCUUUGGAGCUAAGAGAAAUCAAAGAAAUACGUGUGGGAAAAAAUUCCAAAGAAUUUCGCAACUGUCCCGAUGAAGCUAAACGUUUUGAAGCUGGCAAAUGUUUUGUUGUCCUCCAUGGCAGUUCUUUCAAACUGAAAACUUUCUCUGUAGUAGCCUUAUCAGAACAGGAAGCAGAAAAUUGGGUUAAAGGUUUGCGCUAUAUGGUGCAAGACACUGUAAAUGCUUCUUACCCUCUGCAAGUAGAACGUUGGCUUAGACGUGAGUAUUAUGCUAUAGAAAACUCGAGCAACCAGUCUUCCAAGGAGGGAGGCCAAGUGACGGUUAAGGAUUUUAAGACAUUCAUGGGCAGUAUUAGCUGCAAAAUGACCACUUCCAAGCUAAUGGAUUGCUUUAGCGAAGAGGAUGUAAGGCGUAAAAAUGAUUUACGUUUUGAUGAUUUUGCCCGUUUAUAUAGGAAACUUAUACAACCUGCUAAUUUCCUAGAAGAACUUUUCCAUUGUCCUCCCGGCAAAGAUUUUGCCUAUUCCAAAGAUGGCGAAAUAGUUACUCUAAGGGAAUUUGAAAAAUUUUUGCUACAAGAGCAAAGGGAGGCUAUUGCAAGAGAUAAUAAUGCUGUUUCCAAUUUUAUGCGUGAAUUUUUACAAGAUAUAGAACGAGAGGUGCAAGAACCUUAUUUCACCAUUAGCGAGUUUCUUGAUUAUCUAUUUUCCAAACACAAUGAUUUGUGGGAUAAACAAUGCGAUCGCCUGUACAUGGAUAUGAAACAGCCCAUGUCCAAUUAUUGGAUAGCUUCCUCACACAAUACUUAUCUAACGGGUGACCAGUUUUCAUCGGAAUCUUCGUGUGAGGCUUACGCCCGUGCCUUGCGUAUGGGUUGUCGAUGUAUAGAACUGGACUGUUGGAAUGGCCCCGACAAUCAACCGCAUAUAUUUCAUGGUCAUACCAUCACUUCCAAAAUUAAGUUCAAAGAUGUUAUAAAAACCAUUAAGGAACAUGCCUUUGUCACCUCUGAGUAUCCGGUGAUUUUAUCUAUCGAACAAAACUGCUCCUUAGAACAGCAACGUAAUAUGGCCCAGGCUUUAAUAGAGGUAUUUGGUGAUAUGCUUUUAACACAGCGUUGCGAUCGUUCGGAAACCCAACUACCUUCACCCUAUCAGCUAAGAAGAAAAAUUAUCUUAAAACAUAAAAAAUUACCCGAAUAUGAAGAUAAUUCCAGUAUUGUGUCUUCCAACUCUUCAAAUUCCUCUACUCUCUUGUCUUCCACCGGUAGCCGUGGUUCCAUUUCAGGUCCUGGUGGUGAAGACAAUGAUGGUAUACGUAAUGUUUUAAAAGAAGGAUUUUUAUACUUUAAAGAUCCCGUCGAUAAGACUUGGAAUCAGUAUCAUUUCGUUUUAACCCAACAGGAGUUAAUUUACUCUUCGGAAACUGAAGAUACCAAUUCAACGACUGGCGAUGAUGAGGAUAAUGCUAUAUCGGUAUCAUCUACCAACACCAUUAUGCCUAAAGUUAAGGAUAGUAUGAUUAAUGAUGAAUUGCAUUUUGGUGAAAACUGGUUUCAUGGAAAAUUGGAAGGAGGCCGCCAUGAAGCCGAUCAACUUUUGGAAGCCUAUAAACAUCUGGGCGAUGGUACUUUUCUGGUACGUGAAUCGGCCACAUUUGUGGGUGAUUACAGUUUAUCGUUUUUGCGACGCAAUCGUCCCAAUCAUUGUCGCAUCAAAUUGAAACAUGAAAAUGGUGCCACAAAAUAUUAUCUAGUGGACAAUUUUGUUUUCGAUUCUUUAUAUUCACUAAUCGUUUACUAUCGCAAGAACAUGUUGCGUAGUUCAGAAUUUUCCAUUACCCUAAAGGAGCCUGUACCACAACCGAAAAAGCAUGAAUCUCAAGAAUGGUUUCAUCCUCAUACCACCAAAGAACAAGCCGAACAGGUUUUAAUUAAACUUGAUGUGGGCUCAUUUCUGGUACGUCCCUCCGUACAGAAUGCCAAUGCUUUUGUUAUCUCAUUCACCAUAAAUCGUAAAAUUAAACAUUGUCGCAUUAUGCAAGAGGGUCGUUUAUUUGUGGUCGAUACUACACAAUUUGAAUCGUUGGUAUCUUUGGUCAAGUAUUAUAUGCGUAAUCCUUUAUACCGCACGGUCAAAUUGAUGUAUCCAGUGUCGCAGGAAUUGCUAAAGCAAAAAUUGUUAGCCUGUCAGGUUUCUUUUGAUCAACAUGGCAACGGAGGCAUGGGAGACUUUAAUGAUGCCUCCAGUUAUAUGGAUCCUAGUUUGGAGGAUACGGUAACUUGUAAAGCUUUAUAUAGCUACAAGGCAGACAAACCGGAUGAAUUGUCUUUCCCUAAACAUGCCAUAAUAACAAAUGUACAAAGAAACAAUACCAUGUGGUGGAAGGGUGACUAUGGAGGUAUGAAACAAAGACAUUUGCCAGCAAAUUAUGUGAAGGUUAUAGAUUCUUGCUCAGAUGAUUACAACAGCUUCAAUGAUGAAACCAAUAAUGAACAAUUUUCACGCACCGAUUCGAUAGAAAUACAUGGAGCCGUCGCCUCUUUAUUUGAGUCCACUGAACCGGGCAUACUUUUGAAAUUACAAAUACAAACACCCACCAUGCAAAACUCUUUUGUAGUGGGUUUUGAUAAUCAAGAACAGGCCUACGAGUGGUUUAAGGCCAUACAAGAUGCUGCUUUAAUAGCCAAUCAAUUGGCCACCGAAAGAAGAAAAAAAGAACGUUCUGCCCGUGUAGCCAAGGAAAUGUCUGAUUUAAUUAUCUAUUUUCGUAGUGUACCCUUUCGUGAACACUCUUGGGUAUUUUACGAAAUGUCCAGCUUUCCCGAAACCAAGGCCGAGAAACAAUUUCUACAACAAAAUACCACCUUAUUUCUGGCUUAUCAUCGUCACCAAAUUUCACGUGUUUAUCCCAAGGGUCAACGUUUGGAUUCUUCCAAUUUUAAUCCAGUACCCUUUUGGAAUGUGGGUUCCCAGAUGAUAGCACUCAACUAUCAAACCGGCGAUAAAGCCAUGCAAUUGAAUCAAGCCAAAUUUAGGGAUAAUGCCCAAUGUGGUUAUUUGUUGAAACCCAAAUUUAUGUUGGCAGAAGGUUUCGACCCCAACAGUCCUUUAAGCAUUAGCAUCUUGGAAGAGAAACAGGUGACCAUACGCAUUAUAGCAGCUAGACAUUUAUUCCGGGCCGGUAAAUGCAAUAAUCCCUUGGUAGUGGUUGAAAUUGCCGGAGCUUCUUUCGAUACGGGUGUCAAACAUCGUACAAAAGUAUGUGAAAAUGGUUUUAAUCCAGUUUGGAAUGAAUCAUGUGAAUUUUCCGUACGUAAUCCAUAUUUUGCUAUCUUACGUUUCGAGAUACAAGAUGAGGAUAUGUUUGCCGAGACACAUUUCAUAGCUCAGGCCUGUUAUCCUUUAAAUUGUAUACGCACUGGUUAUCGCAGUGUUAUAUUACGUAAUAAGUUUAGUGAAGAAUUAGAAUUGGCCUCACUGCUGGUGUAUGUAGAUAUAAAGCAACCAUCAGCUACAGAAACUCAUGCUGUUAUAGGUUUUUAAUCUGAAAACCAUAACAAGUUUAGAAGACUUUCAACAUAGACUAACAACACCAUUAAAAUUGAAAACAAACUCUUUUUGCAUUUGUUGAAAUCAUAGACUAGUUAGAGAUUUCAAAGAAUUUUGAAAUUUUUGCAAAUAUUACUGAAAACGCACAUAACCUAUUUUGAAGUUUU